AUGCUGACUAAGUUCGAAUCCAAGAGUAACCGUGUAAAAGGUCUUGCGUUUCAUAUCAGUCGUCCCUGGAUCCUCACCUCGUUACACAAUGGUGUAAUCCAAUUAUGGGAUUACCGGAUGGGUACACUUUUAGACCGAUUCGAUGAACACGAUGGUCCUGUACGUGGCGUGGAUUUUCAUUGCUCACAGCCGUUAUUCGUUUCUGGAGGGGAUGAUUAUAAACUUAAAGUAUGGGAUUACAAAUUACGUCGCUGUUUGUUCACAUUAUUGGGCCAUUUGGAUUAUAUCCGUACAGUACAAUUCCAUCAUGAAUAUCCAUGGAUAUUGAGCUGUAGUGACGAUCAGACGAUCCGUAUCUGGAAUUGGCAAUCAAGAUCAUGUGUCUCGAUCCUCACGGGCCACAACCAUUACGUUAUGUGUGCACGAUUCCAUCCAAAGGACGAUUUAAUCGUCUCGGCCUCAUUGGAUCAAACAGUGAGGAUAUGGGACAUUACAGGUCUUCGUAAAAAGACCGUGCGUGGUGCACCUACUUCGAUGGACGACAUGGUGGGCCCUCCUUCGUCACGCUCGAACAAUCACGAUAUCUUUGGAGCUAGCGAUGCAAUUGUUAAGUACGUGCUGGAAGGUCAUGACCGUGGGGUUAAUUGGGCCAGUUUUCACCCGACACUUCCACUAAUUGUCUCUGGUGCUGAUGAUCGCCAAGUGAAACUAUGGCGAAUGAAUGAGACCAAAGCGUGGGAAGUCGACACGAUGCGUGGACACACGAACAACAUCUCGUGCGUGCUGUUUCAUCCCCGCCAAGAGCUGAUUAUUUCUAACAGUGAGGAUCGUUCGAUUCGAGUGUGGGAUAUCUCCAAACGUAUGGGUUUGCAGACCUUUCGUCGCGAAAAUGACCGCUUCUGGAUGCUCGCGGCUCACCCGUCGCAGAACUUGCUGGCUGCUGGUCAUGACUCUGGUAUGAUUGUGUUUAAGCUGGAACGUGAGCGUCCAGCUAUGGAUAUUUACGAAGGUCGCGCGUACUAUACCAAGGAUCGCUACGUGCGCAUGUACUCGUUCGCUGAUGGCAACGACGUACCUGUGGCGGCUAUACGGCGCACGGGCUCGGUUGGUGCAGGCAUGGGUAACUUUCCUCGUCAACUAAACUACAACCCAUACGACCAAAAUUCGGGCACCAAUAGCGUGCUGAUGACUAGCGAUGCCGAGGGUGGCUCGUAUGAAUUGGUGACAUUCACCCAGGGAGCAAACGGCGAUACGUCGGAUUCCAGCCGUGGACCUGGACUAUUUGCCGUGUUCGUGGCCCGCAACCGCUUCGCUGUCCUGGACAAGUCGCGUCACAUUGUGAUCAAGAACUUCCAGAAUGAGGUGACGAAGAAGAUCACCCCGCCUAACAGUACAGCAGACGGCCUGUUUUUUGGUGGCGUGGUAGGCCGCGUGCUUCUUCACAUCGACGACAAGAUGGUGCUCUACGAAACCCAAAGCCGACGCGUGCUAGCUGACGUUCAGGCUCCGCGCGUGAAGUACGUGGUAUGGAGCCCUAAUUACGAGUACGUGGCGCUGAUCAGCAAGCACUCUAUCGUGCUGGCUGAUAAACAGCUUAACCAUUUAAGCACCAUCACGGAGUCGGUGCGUAUCAAGAGCGGUAUCUGGGCAAACGCACCUGCAGAGAUCUUUGUCUAUACGACGCUGAACCACAUAAAGUACUCGCUAACGAAUGGCGACGCUGGUAUUAUUCGUACUCUGGACGUGCCUGUUUACCUGACCCACCUGGACGGAAACAAGCUUCACUGCCUUGACCGCGAGGCGAAGAUGCGCACUAUGGCCGUUGACCUCACGGAGUGUGAGUUUAAAAUUGCGCUGAACAAGAAGAACUUCACGGAGGUGAUGCGUAUGGUGCGUCACUCAAGGUUGUGCGGACAAGCAAUUAUCUCUUACCUUACGAAGAAGGGUUACCCGGAAGUUGCGCUGCACUUCGUGAAUGAUGAGAAAACUCGCUUCAAGUUGGCUAUUUCAUGUGGUAACCUUGAGGUUGCACUGAAUUCGGCUUACGAGCUGGAUGACAGCAAGUGCUGGUACCAGCUGGGAGUGGAAGCACUCCGCCAAGGUAACAUUCAGGUUGUAGAGAUGGCCUACCAGCGCACCAAGAACUUUGAGCGCCUGAGUUUCCUCUACCUGGUCACUGGCAACCGUGACAAGCUAAAGAAGAUGCUGAAGAUUGCUGAAGUGCGUAAUGACAUCAUGGCGCGCUUCCACAAUGCGUUGUACCUUGGUGAUGUUGAGGUCCGCGUGAUGACGCUCGAGGCUGCUGGCCAGUUCGGUCUGGCACUGCUGACAGCAGCCACUCACGGUCUCAGCGAGCACGUAGAACGCCUGCGUGCAUUGUUGGAGGAAACGAAUCCGGACUUUGAUGUGGACGCUUUCCUAGCGCGGGAGAUGCUACCGAAUCCAACCCUGCUGUCUCCGCCGUUGUCCGUGAGCCGCAUGGAGAAUGAGAACUGGGCGCUAGUGGCGAUUAAUGAGCCAACAAUUCAAGAUCAUGCAAUUGCUGCUGAGAAGCGUGAAGCCGAGCGGAGUCUGCAGCCGCAGCAUCAGGAUCAAAAUUCAUUGGAGGAACGCCCUACCCGCAAACUGUCGAUGGAUUUAGCGAUGGAUGGCGCAGACGAUGCCUGGGAUAUGGACGGCGACCUCGACUUGGACGACUCGCUAGCGAUUGAUGACGAUUCCUUGGGCAUCGACUCCUCUGCUCUAGAACACGACUUUGCUGGUCUCGGCACGGACGCUGGUUUCGUGGCAGCCCCUACGGCUGGAACGAGUCUAGCUGUACAGUGGGUUCGCAAUUCAUCACUGGCGGCCGACCACGCUGCUGCUGGGUCAUUCCAGACUGCUAUGCAGUUGCUGCACCGUCAAAUUGGUGUCAUUAACUUUGAGCCUCUCAAGCCCGUGUUCCUGCAGGUUUUUACGGGUAGUGCGACCUCCUUGCCUACGCAGGGCAACUACCCGCCGCUGCGGGUGUGGCUGCAGCGCAACGAAGCUAGUCAACCGGCGAUCGCGAUAUCAUUUGCAACUCUUGUUGAAGAACUCAAGCAAGCUUACCGUUCAUUCACUGGUGCCAAGUUUGACGACGUGAAGACGCACUGCCAGUCGAUCAUGCACGCGAUUCCGUUCCUAGCUGUGGAUUCCAAAGAUGAAGCCGAGAAGGUAAAAGGAUUGCUUGCAGUGUGCCGUGAGUACUUGGUCGCGUGCCGCAUUCGUACUGAGGUGGCUGCAGUGCCUUUGGAGAGCGAUCCCAAGCGCAACAUUGAGCUGAGCGCGUUCUUCACGCAUUGCGAACUGCAGCUACCGCAUUUGGUGCUGACGCUGAAAAUUGCUAUGACGAAUUCGUUCAAGGCUGGCAACUUCAUCUCGGCAGCGUCGUUCUGCCGGCGAUUGCUGGAAAUACCAGAGGUAUCGCAGCAUCCUCGCCAUGAAAAGCUGCGUCUAACCGCCCGCAAGGUGCUUCAGAAGGCUGAAAAGGAGGCACGCAACGAACACGCCGUGAACUACCAGGACUCGAAGCCGUUUGUGCUAGACGCACGCAAUCUUACGCCGAUCUACUUGGGUGAGCCGGAUGUGCGUUGCCCAUACUGUGCGGCUGCGUAUCACCCCGAAAGCAAAGGUACAUUGUGCGACGUGUGUUGUAUCUCAAAGGUUGGGGAAGAAACCAUUGGACUGUUUGACCAUGAGUUGCAGGACAGUGACCAGACCAUUUCAACAUCUGUGCGGCAUCUGCGGCCUCAUACACGUCUCUCUACGCUCGCAGACAUCAACACCAGCAGCAACAAUGAACGUUCAAGGCCUCCACGUCGUCAAUUCCCGACUUCCGCCUUUUUUUCCGACACGACCGAUGACGACGUGGUUCAGCCAAUCACAGGCCGCCUUGAGCUCUCCAUGAACGAUUCUAAUUGGUCAAAAUCAAUAGGAACCAAUAAACUGCCACUACGAGGGCUCAGAGAAAGUCAAGGGGGAACAAUAAAUGGUCCAAAACUAUAUAUGGACGCUAUUGAGUUUCCAAUGACACGAUCGGUGCUCUGGGAUCGACGUCCAUUGUCAAAAGCACCGGUGAUUGUGUCAUUGGAGCACAUUUUACCACGAUUUAUCGUGUCAGCACAGACGUUGAAGGAUAUUUACACGUUGUAUAACGAGAAGAAGAAGGCUAAUACUGUGUUGUGUUAUCUCUAUGGAAAUGCAAUGUCACUGAAGGUGAAAAGUGUGUUUUUAAAAGGAGUGAAGCUCAAGAAAAAGGAUGCACGUGCAGCAGAGACUUGGUGUAUACCGGUCUAUGUUAUUGGAGAGGGAAAUGAGUCAGGGUUGUCACAAGAAAACUACGCGGCUACUAUUGCAAGUGUCCAGAACAGUUAUCGGGAUGAGUAUUCGGACAAUGUUGCCACGAAAUUUCAGCCUAAGUUGCUGGUUUUUCGAUCGUCACCUCAUACCGCACAACUUGAUUUCCAGCUGGAAUGUGCGGCGUCACCGGUGCUAUUCAAGUUCUCUCUUAUACGGAACUUACCGCUGCUGAUGACUCCGCUUGCAGUCGGUUUAGCAAGACGUGAAUUUAGUACGCAGUCUGGGAGUUUACGUUCGGGUUAUCUCACUCUCGAUCGAACUCGGAAGGCAGUGCCUUUGCUAAAGGUAGAUCCUCUUGUUCUACGGCAGCCGCUUGUCGGCGUUUGGGUCUAUGGUGUCCAGAUCGAUGAUGCUUGGGAUGAGGAGAUAGCACGACGGCAACUGGCGGAUCCGCUCUUGUAUUUUGCGUGCAUUGGGUACUUGAUGUCGGAGGUGAUUAAAGAGCGUGUGAGACCUGAAAAAAACACGUUCUUGGUGGCACUGUAUCCUGCCAGCAACCCUAAUGGUUGUGGCUCUGUUGGGUCGUUGCCACGCUUCUUCGAGUGUGGUGUCUCCGAGUUUUUGUCGCCUCGGACUCGGCUUCUCCCGAUGCAGCUAUAUUCGCACCGGCGAUCAUGCUUAGUUGGAGCAUCCAAGCUCUCAAAUGAUUUAGAGUUUACUUUGUCUGCGGCACCAACAAGCGAGUGGGAAGCAGCUAGACGCCAGGCAAAAAUUCCUACUGUUCAGCGGCCAAAGGAAAGCGAAGAUAGGGUGCCUAGUACAGCUCAUGCAACUAUCGACAGCAGCACCACAUUAAAUUGUAUGCUGACUUCAACAUACAUCGAUGAUGAGGAUAAACAUGAAGAUUCGACACGUGGCUGGACUAUUACCGAAGAUGUUAUUCGUAAGAGUCCUGGUUUAGAUCUGAAUGCACAAAGUCAUACGUCAAUGCAGAGUGAGAUGGAAAGUAGCAAUGCAACAAUAUGUGCUGGGUUUUGUGUGAACGAAAACGAAGAGAACACCGCAAUUCCGCUCAACAAUUUACACAACGCAACCUGCGCUCAAGCUGCUACAACCACCUCGUAUUCAUCGCCGUCGAAAAAGACGGAAGACGGUGCCCAGCUUGAUUUGCAUGGCAGCUUCGCCAACUACCGAAGUUGUUGUAAAAGCCAGCAGCUAUUGACCAUCCAGCACCAGCAAAUUCUUGAGAACCAGCAGCGGCAACUACACGAGAUGCAAGAGCAGAUCGUACAAUUGCGGCGCCUUUUGAAUGUUGCGAAAAGCGAAAACAAGAAAGAGGCAAAUGCUGCCUUCAACGAUGAGGGCGGCUAUGAUUCUGAUGCGAGCAGAUCCGGCAUCAGGGUAGUAGAUGAUGUUUGUGAUGUCUCCAGUACAUUUGGUCGACAAGAAAAUGGUUACUUGAGCUCUCAGUCGUCAAUAGCUUUAACAAGUUUCAGACAAAGUGGCAGUGGACCGUUCUCUGAUAAAUUGUCUGCUAACAAUCACCACAACGAUGAAAACAAAGGCAAAGGAGACGGCAAGGACCUUUCAUUGAGCUUGUUGAGCUUGUCAUCAAUUAGCUGUGGUUCUGCAGCUGAUUUAUCGUCGUCCUCAUAUGUGGGCGAACAGCUGAAUGAAUUUAGUGGUGUCCGAAGUCAGAAGGAAACAAACGUCAAUGGCGAACAAGUGGAGACUGGUGCUCACGGCUUGAACCAAUCUCAGUCGUCACAAUUAAACACAGAAGCAAAAAACCAAGACAGAACAGUUCAAGCCGACAACAACGACAUUCAAGAAAGGAAGUUCAGUGAGAACGUUUCUGAUGCGCGAGAAGGCAUCGAUAACAGCACCAGUGUGCAUGAACUAUCCAUCGACGAAUUGAGCACCUCUUUACACAAGGAAGCUAUAAACAAACUCGACAAAAUAGGUGUGGCUCGUGAUGACGAUGGCAAAAGUGGCGAUCAUUCAGUCGACGACCGUCUUUUGUCUCCUGAUGCAUACCUUCGAAAGGUUGGGAACUUUGUCGACCAUCACGGUGGCUGCUUCACGACGCCAUCACUGGAUUUCCACAGUUUUUGCGUGCCUCGCAUAAAAUUUCUGAGUGAGACUCCGGAGUGCGAUUCAGAUGAUGAGGAGAUCCGCCUUAUUGAGCAAAAGUACAAGCGAUUGAUGCCGGCAUAA